UCCGUUGUUUGGGUCUAGGACCAACUCCUCAGGACAUUGGUACCCCAGGACUGAAGGCGUACUCAUCGACAAAGCUUCAAAUACAAGUUCUGGCACGUCAACAGGCUGAAAGUGAAAAUCUAGUGCUUCAACAAAGAAUCUUAGAAAUGCAAGAAAGGGAGGAGCAGAGCAUGGCACGAGAAUCUCCAAAUGUUGAAACAAACUCACACAAUGGUUCUAACUCAAGAAAGCACAUGAGCCCACCGUAUGAGAAACAUGCUGAGGCCAAUCAGCAUGUUCAGGGUGAAGAAGAUCAUGACUGUGUAGGUGAUGACUAUGUAGAGAAUGAGGAACUUGAUGAUGAGGCCAAUCAGCAGGUUCCAGCCGCUGCAGCCUCGCCCGUCGUGAACACAGCAACAUCACCAACGAAUGAUGUCCAACGCUUCGCACGUGAUGAUCUUGUUGGAAAUGAUGUGAUCUUAUUUGCCAUGUCGAGUAAUGAAAAAGUGGCUAAGGCAACUGUUGUUUCAAUUAACCCAAACAAUCAUCUUGCGGGUGAGGCUCUUGGAACGAAAUUUUGUGAAGUUAUUGUGAAUAUUGUCUUCAAACGUGAUGCAUUAGUGCCACGUCCUUAUGCUGAAAUGAAGACUCUAGGUGAUGCUGUAAAGAUGCCGGUUGCUUGGCCAUUUAAUCGACUGAAGGUUUGCAGUCAACAGCCAAAAAGACCUUCUCAAGGUGUGGCUGGAUCUUCUCAAGUUGUUGCUCGAUUUUCUCAGAGAUCUUCUCAAGGUGCUGCAGGAUCGUCUCAAGGUGUUGCUGGAAGCCACUAAGUUGCUGGGACUAAAUUUGUUGCAGGAUUUUAUCAUGAGAUUGUUGGUAGCGACUUGUUGAUUGGAAGCCAUUCAAUUAUCUUAUGGUGAACUACAUGGUAGCUUUGAUUGCUUUUGGACUAUCCUGGUAGUUUUAGCUUUUGGACUAGAAGCUGGUAGCUUUAGCAUUUGACAUCAAGAACCAGAGGGUGUUAUCUCUUGAUCAUUAUGUUAGGUCACUUUUGAAUGGUGGUUUUUGCUCAACAAGCAAACACUAUUAGCUUCUGUACAACCUCAUUACAAUUGCUGGCUUUUGUACUUAGCUACCACUACAUGUGGUACAAUAUUAUCUUGUUGUGCAACUUCA